ACCUCGCAGUGAAUAACUGAAAUUUGAAAUGGAAUUCAGACUUAGCCGUUAGAGAUAAUAUGCCGGGCCUCAGCCUCUCUCUUCCCGCUCCCGCCAAACUCCCUCCACCUCCUCCUCUCGGUCCGAAAGCCACCAACUUUGAGCUUCUCAACAACCGUCUGAUCAACCAAAUUAAUGUCGGCCAUCUCCGCAAAGCAAUCACCACCCUUGAUCUCCUGGCGCAGCGCGGGAUCCACCCCGACCUCCCCACCUACUCACUCCUCAUCAAGUCCUGCAUCCGGUCCCGGAACUUCGACCUGGGCAAGCUCGUCCACGACCGGUUAGCUCACUCCCAGCUCGAACCCGACCCGGUACUUCUGAACUCCUUGAUUAGCUUGUAUUCGAAAUCUGGGGACUGGAAGAAGGCAAAUUCGAUCUUCGAAAACAUGGGCAGUGAGAGAAAUUUGGUUUCUUGGAGCGCCAUGGUGUCUUGUUUUGCGAACAAUGAUAUGGGAUUCGAAGCGAUCACGACGUUUCUUGAUAUGCUCGAACAUGGGUUUUACCCGAAUGAGUAUUGCUUUGCAUCUGUGAUUCGGGCGUGUUCGAAUGCCCGGAAUAUUGGGAUUGGGAAGAUAAUUUUUGGGUCGGUGAUCAAAGGUGGGUAUCUUGGGUCUGAUGUGUGUGUUGGGUGUUCAUUGAUCGAUAUGUUUGCGAAGGGUGGUGGAGAUUUGGGUGAAGCGUAUAAGGUGUUUGAGGAAAUGCCAGAGACGGAUGCGGUGACGUGGACUUUGAUGAUUACUAGGUUUGCACAGAUGGGUUUCCCCAGAGAGGCUAUUGGUUUGUAUGUGGAUAUGUUGUUGAGUGGGUUCAUGCCUGACCAGUUUGCACUAAGUGGCGUUAUAUCGGCGUGUACAAAGUUGGAAUCACUUUCACUGGGGCAGCAAUUGCAUUCGUGGGUUAUACGGUCUGGAUUGGCUUUAGGUCAUUGUGUCGGGUGUUGUUUGGUGGACAUGUAUGCCAAGUGUGCAGCUGAUGGAUCGAUGAAUGAUGCGAGGAAGGUAUUUGAUCGGAUGCCAAACCAUAAUGUUAUGUCAUGGACUGCAAUUAUCAAUGGAUAUGUGCAGAGCGGAAAGGGUGAUGAGGAAGCCAUCAAACUUUUUGUUGAAAUGAUGUCGGGUCAUGUUCCACCAAAUCAUUUCACAUUUUCUAGCAUUCUGAAGGCUUGUGCAAAUCUUUCGGAUCUGCGUAAGGGUGAACAAAUUCACUCCCUGGCAGUGAAAUCAGGUCUUGCUUCCGUUAACUGUGUGGGAAAUUCGCUGAUCACCAUGUACUCAAAGUCUGGCCAGGUGGAAGAUGCCCGCAAAUCUUUUGAUGUUCUGUAUGAGAAAAAUUUGAUAUCUUAUAACACAAUCGUUGAUGCGUAUGCCAAGCAUUUAGAUGCAGAAGAAGCCUUUGGACUUUUUCAUGAAAUUCAGGAUACAGGAUAUGGGGCCAGUGCUUUCACAUUUUCUAGUCUCUUGAGUGGAGCUGCAAGCAUUUGUGCAGCUGGUAAGGGCGAACAAAUCCAUGCCCGGAUAAUAAAGUCAGGACUUGAGUCAAACCAAAUCAUUUGUAACGCUUUGGUUUCCAUGUAUUCUAGGUGUGGAAACAUAGAUGCUGCUUUUCUAGUUUUCAAUGAGAUGGAAGAUUGGAAUGUUAUAUCAUGGACUUCAAUAAUCACGGGUUUUGCAAAACAUGGAUAUGCAGCUGCAGCGGUGGACAUGUUCAACAAAAUGCUUGAAGCCGGAAUAAAACCUAAUGAGAUCACAUAUAUUGCUGUUUUGUCAGCUUGCAGCCAUGCGGGUUUGGUUGAUGAGGGUUGGAAACGCUUCAAGGAAAUGCAGAAAAAACAUGGUGUUGUCCCAAGAAUGGAACAUUACGCAUGCAUGGUUGAUUUAUUAGGCCGCUCAGGAUCCCUUGUAGAAGCCCUCGAGUUUAUUAACUCAAUGCCUUUGACAGCUGAUGAACUCAUCUGGCGGACAUUUCUUGGAGCCUGCCGAGUGCAUGGUAACAUAGAGCUUGGUAAACACGCAGCAAAGAUGAUUAUCAAGCAGAACCCACGUGAUUCGGCAGCAUAUAGUUUACUAUCGAAUUUGUAUGCUUCCACUGGUCGGUGGGAAGAAGUGGCAAAAGUAAGAAAAUAUAUGAAAGAGAAGUAUUUGAUCAAAGAAGUAGGUUCUAGCUGGAUAGAGGUGAAAAAUAAGAUCCACAAGUUUCAUGUUGGGGAUACUUCACACCCGAAGGCAAAGGAGAUUUAUGAUGAACUGGAUCAAUUGGGCUCAAAGAUAAAGAAACUGGGCUAUGUCCCGAAUACAGAUUUUGUACUUCAUGAUGUGGAAGAGGAACAAAAAGGAUUUUACUUGUUUCAACACAGUGAGAAAAUAGCAGUGGCGUUUGGUCUUAUUAGCACAUCGAAAUCAAAACCUAUUAGAGUAUUUAAGAAUCUCCGUGUUUGCGGAGACUGUCACACUGCGAUUAAGUAUAUUUCGGAAGCCACUGGGAGAGAAAUAGUAGUAAGAGAUUCAAAUCGGUUUCAUCAUUUCAAGGACGGGAGAUGCUCUUGCAACGAAUACUGGUGAUAUUGUUACAUAAAUUCAAACUGUAAAUGAUAGAGUAAUCUCCUAGCGGGAUUUAUGUAUUUUCCAAUGAAUCUAAUUUACGGUUUCCAAUCUUUCAUUUCA